GUCCAAUCAGAAUGGGCCCACCUAGUUAGUCAAUGUCGCGAAUUGAAUCGUGCCAAAUUCAAGCCACGUCCAUUUGAGACGAAGGCACUAGCUUCAACUCGUGUGAGCCAGAUUAGCUGGGAUCAAACCUCUUCUGAGCGCACACUCUGGUUGCGGAGCCAAUUUUCCAAGGAUUCAGAUCCCAAAAAGACUCUCACUGAGGACCGAGACCAAGAAUCUCCAUAG